AUGACUUCCACGAAGGCUACCAAGUUAUUUCCAAUCAUAAAAUUCAUCUCAGACCUACCAAACGGCUGGAUCCCGCAAUUACUCUCACCAUUUCCUGAAAAUGGCACUGCUACUGGACGAUUGGUUAUUAUAGGCGAUGUGCAUGGAAUGAGAAAGUCCCUCGAGGCCCUCUUGGAGAAAGUUGACUUCGACAAACGCAAAGGAGAUCAUCUUAUACUAGUCGGCGACCUAGUCAAUAAAGGGCCCGACAGUCCUGGUGUUGUCGAUCUAGCUAUUAAGCUAGGCGCCAGCGCAGUAAGAGGCAACCACGAAAAUGCCGUCCUGAAUGCGGCCGCAGAAAUAAGGGCGACAAAGGACGUUCAACAGAAUCCCGAAAACGUACCUGGUACUUCGCCCGCACCUGAGAUCUCCGAAGCUUCUACCAGACUUCCUGGCUCCACUGCCCGAGAUCCAGAGAUACCCGAAAAGAAACACAGUUCUGCAACAUACAGCACGGCAUCAGCACUUUCUCAACACCACCUCGACUGGCUUGCCGCACUGCCGUUGAUUUUGCGCAUCAAGCUGCCUCACAACCUAUCAAGCCCAUAUGGCGACACUCUAGUCGUUACGCAUGCGGGCCUCGUUCCCGGCAUCCCACUUGAAGAGCAGGAUCCAUACUCUAUAAUGCAUAUGCGGAGCCUCGAGCGUGCGCCUGGUGAUGUGAGUGGAUUUACACCGGCUGAGGCUUCUGGAGAAGAGGGCUGGGUGACUGAAUGGGAUCGCUGGCAAGAUGGGCUGCAAUCCAAGACUACCGUGGUGUUCGGUCACGAUGCGAAGCGGCGUUUGCAGCUAGGCAGGUAUACGAUUGGACUGGAUUCAGCGUGCUUGUACGGCAAUCAGUUGAGCGCAAUUGUGAUUGAGGCCUCCGAGGGGAAAAUUGGGCAUCGGAUAGUUCAAGUGGAAUGUGCCGAUGAGCCGGUAGCCCCCAACAUUCCAAAGAAAGAAGGUGGCGAGACAGUGGUUGUAUAA